AUGACAGCUUGUCUUGCAUCUGUCGGUAAACUAGCCGACCCUGCGAUACCAGCAAUAGGGCCUGCUCUGCCGCAAGCUUUGCCAGCCGUGAGUGUUGGGAAGCCAGUCGGUUUCAAUUUAAACACGCUUGUUGACGAUUACCAACGCCACGUGAAAGCUUUGGGAAAGCUAGGAGAACCUGUUGCGUCGUGGAAUACACCGUUAGUAUACAUUCUUACGAGUAAACUUGAUCCCGCCACUGUUCGCGCUUGGGAGCAGGAAACCCGCCAGAAGGAUGAUGUCACUUACGAAGAACUUGUUGACUUUCUCGUGCAGCAUGUACGAAUGCUUAAAUCUGUGUCGAGUGAUUUGCAGCACCGUUCACAACCAGCUACUGUCAAGGUGGCCGGAUUUGUUCCGAAGAAACCCUAUCAUGGUAAAUUCGUAGCCAACGCUGCUACAUCCGACACCAAAGUUAACAACCCUCAAUGCCCGGCUUGCCCCGAAAGACAUCUUCUGUAUCAAUGCCCAAGGUUCACCAAGCUCUCUGUUUCUGAACGUCGAGAACUAGUUAGUCAGCGAAGCCUGUGUUGGAAUUGCUUUCGUACGAACCAUCAAGCGCGAGCUUGUAAAUCCAAGUUUUCAUGCAGAACCUGCCAUGCAAAACAUCACUCGCUGUUGCACGACCAAGUUGCACCAUCUAAAAUAUCGACGACACCUGCUGUUACAACCGAACACAAUGCAAAGCAACCUACCGCGACCACGUCAGCGAACGUAAGAAGUUCUGAAUCUGCAAAUCCACCCGAAAUUAGUCUCUCCAUCCAAUCAAACCACAGCAUGGUGUUACUAGAGACGGUUGCUAUUCACGUAGUUGAUAAAUAUGGAAAGUUAACACCAGUCAGAGCUCUCCUCGAUUCCGGAUCGAUGUCUAAUUUUAUCACCAAGAAGUUAGCCAACGCCCUCGCCAUCCGCCCCCGCACAGUAGACGUCGCUGUAGCCGGAAUAGGUGAUUCGGUUAAGCAAAUAAAACGCCAAAUAUCAGCUACAAUCAAAUCAAGAACGAACAAAUUUUCCACUACCCUCGAGUUCCUCGUAAUGAAGAAACCUACUGCCAAUUUGCCAACGAUACCGCUUAGCACAACCUCAUGGAAAAUUCCGAAGAUCCAACUCGCGGAUCCAUAUUUUAACGAACCGGGACUAAUCGACAUCAUCAUCGGUGGUGAAUGCUAUCACGAAAUUCACACUGGGAAGCGCAUACCAAUCGGCAGUGGUCUGCCGCUGCUUAUUGAAACAGUCUUUGGGUGGACAGUUUCUGGAAAGGUACCCAUCAAAUCAGCCUAUGCUCCACCCACCUGCUACAUUUCGAAUGUCGAUAGAUCGUUGGAUACCGCUCUCCAACGAUUCUGGGAGCUAGAAUCGGUACAUCAAGGUCCGUUAUAUUCCGCUGAAGAAAGAAGAUGUGAAGAAAUUUAUGCUAGCACCACCACUCGAACUCAAUCCGGGAGGUUCGUCGUUCGCCUUCCUCGGUCUGAAGAUCCGCAAGUCACCCUUGGCGAUUCGCGCGCGAUUGCCAUUCGCCGAUUUUAUAGCCUCGAAAGACGCCUCGAAAGAGAUGCCACUGUCAGAACCGCCUACCUCAAGUUUAUGGAGGAAUAUGCCAGCCUCCACCAUAUGCGAAAAAUCGAUCCAGUACCCGACAAUAAGCCUCACUGUUAUUUGGCACAUCAUCCAGUGUUCAAAGAGUCGAGCACUACCACAAAGGUACGCGUGGUGUUCGACGCCUCCUGCAAGACAAGUUCUGGAUUUUCGCUGAAUAAUACACUACUAGUUGGACCAGUAGUUCCACGCUGUAGCCCUUGUCGCUGA